AUGUCCAACUAUACCAGCCAAUCAGUGCCAGCAAGCGCAGUCAAACUAAGCGGCCCUCUUAAGAGACGCCGUUCGAAAGAGCUACCGCAGUCUGAGCGAUCUGUUUCUCGCCAUGGCGCCGAUCAAUCGAAUGGACAAGGCUCCCUAGUAUCGAAGCGAGACGAAAAGCGACGCUCGAGCGACACCACCGAAAACUAUCAAGAAAGAAGAGCGCGUGGAGAUAAGCGCCAGCGCGUUUCUGGUGUAUUCAAUCCUAUUCACGGCAACGAAAUACAUCGCUCGUCCGACCAGCAAGAAGCGCGACAGCAACCGGCGCAAACCGCGGAGCCUCUCAGAAUAGACCCUGUCUUAUCCGAAGAACGUCGACUAAAUGCAGGCAUUGUUACCUUACCACUAGUGAUCUUUGGUGUUGCAUCACUUCGACUAGCGGCCUUCCGGUUGUUGAAGCUCGGUGUACAUCUGGCACCAGCGCAAAACCCUCUCGUGUCUCAGGAUGCUAUAGUCCAGUCACCUCCGCCCUUUGCUUCAUACAAAUCCUUGGUGGGCGGCUUCGAUAGCCUAUCCGCCGGCAACGAGAGUUUCCGACAGAAAUUCGUAGACACUAAAGAGGCACUUUUCGGGGUGUCUACUGUAGGAACCACAAAGCAAGCUCCUAUAGCGCAAGGUCCACGCCGCAAGAAAGCUUUUGAGGUAUGGAAAGACGUACAACAGUCGUUGAAGCCAAAGGACUGCAAGUUCGCAGCGCUCGAUCCGCUACGUGACGUAACCAACAUGCAGGAACGCGAGGUGGCGUCGAGACAAAUACCAUCGGAGACCGGUCAGGAGCCAGUUGUUGCAUCGAGAAGACCACGGAGGAGGAUGCGCAUGGAAGCGGGCGAACACCACCAUCCCAACCUCAAAGCAUUCAAAUUUCCGCAGGGCGCUGCGUCCGGUGAGCAAAUGAUCAAAAAAGUGGCGGAAAGUGGGGAGAAGGCAUCUGCCGCUGAAGCACCCCAACAGUCUCAACACGUCGAAGAGCCAUUACCUGAGUUAGCUAGGCCACCGAAGCGAAAAGCUAAUCAUGAUCUUCGAGAGUGUGUUUCGAAGAAGCUAAAGACGCCAGGAGAUCAGCCUUUGUAUUUCGUACGUAAUGGCGAGAGCCAAACUGCUCCAGUUCAGGACUUCACUUCUGACCGUUUCGCCAAGUACGCAAAUCCGUUACUUUCGAAAACUUUGAAGCAUAUUAUCCAUGAAGCAACGCCGGAUCAAAAAGACCCAGCGGUCUGCGAAGGUGUAUCUAAUCUGAUCGAAGCGCAGCAGGUACCACUGGCUGUAUUAGAACCUACAUUCAACGAUAAGUCUUCUCCCAUUGUGAACGAGGAAAUCCGGCCCAAACCAUCCCCGGAACCGGAACACGAUAAGAUGGUAUCCAGUUGUGCGAGGCUGGCGUCUCCAGAGCCGAAUGCUAUAUUCAAUGAGCUAUCGCAAGACCAGGAAUCUUCUGCACGCAAUGGAACAGCAGUUUGGGAGUUCACUACUCACAGAACGCCAUCGCCAGCUGUUGAAGCUGUCACCAAACCUGAAGUUGUAUCGAUAGUCGUACCUACAGUUCCAUCCUGGAUCGCCGAGAGUUCACGAUACGACAUCGCAAUGAACACAGCCUACAGCGAAGGUUACAAUCCCGAAUACCCGCAGCACUACGAGGGCUACAUUGCCCAAUUUACCGCUCGGCCUGCAGCUUCUCGACCAAAAGAGUAUGAGUAUCGCCCAAUGCCAGAUAUGUUGGAUGUCGAGAUACUAAACCAGCGGCUGAACUGA